GUAAUUUCGUUAAGUAAUUCUAUAAUCGGAACUAUUUUCGAGUAUAAAUACUUGCUUUCCGGUACUUCGGCCAGUCUGCGUUAACCGCCGAGAAGUUUGUACGGUUCUUUGUGAGAGUUGCUGUUUGUCUGUUCGAAUCUAAAAAAUCUCGACAUGCCCGAAAUUACAAUGAGCGAAGAAUCUGAAGUCGAAACUUUCGCCUUUCAGGCGGAAAUAGCUCAGUUGAUGAGCUUGAUCAUUAAUACUUUUUAUUCUAACAAAGAAAUAUUUCUCAGGGAAUUGAUCUCCAACUCUUCUGAUGCCUUAGAUAAAAUAAGAUACGAAAGCCUGACCGAUCCCUCCAGGUUGGAUAAUUGCAAGGAUCUUUUCAUUAAGAUUGUUCCCAACAAGGACGAACGUACCCUGACGAUUAUUGAUACCGGCAUCGGAAUGACCAAAGCCGAUUUGAUUAAUAAUCUCGGUACUAUUGCCAAGUCUGGAACGAAAGCUUUCAUGGAAGCCCUGCAGGCAGGAGCAGAUAUAUGUAUGAUUGGACAGUUUGGUGUAGGAUUUUAUUCUGCAUAUCUUGUAGCAGAUAAAGUGACUGUUACCACUAAAAGUAAUGAUGAUGAACAAUACACAUGGGAAUCAUCUGCUGGUGGCUCUUUUACAGUAAAGGCUGACCAUGGAGAACCUCUGGGACGUGGUACCAGAAUAGUUCUUCAUCUAAAAGAAGAUCAAACAGAAUAUUUGGAAGAAAGGCGAAUUAAAGAAGUGGUAAAGAAGCACAGUCAAUUUAUUGGUUAUCCUAUAAAAUUAGUGGUUCAGAAAGAAAGGGAGAAAGAAGUGUCUGAUGAUGAAGAAGAGAAAGAAGAAGAAAAGAAAGAAAAUGAACCGGAGAAUGAGGAUACAGAAACACCUAAAAUUGAAGAUAUUGGAGAAGAGGAAGAAAAGGAUAAAAAGAAGAAAAAGAAAAUUAAAGAAAAGUAUACUGAAGAUGAAGAAUUGAACAAAACUAAACCAAUCUGGAUGAGAAAUCCUGAUGAUAUCACCAAAGAAGAAUACGGAGAAUUUUAUAAAAGUCUUACUAAUGACUGGGAAGAUCAUCUGGCUGUUAAGCAUUUUUCUGUAGAAGGACAGCUAGAAUUUAGAGCAUUAUUAUUUGUUCCUAAAAGAGCACCAUUUGAUUUGUUUGAAAAUAAAAAACAAAAGAAUAAUAUAAAGUUAUAUGUAAGAAGAGUAUUUAUUAUGGAUAACUGUGAAGAUCUCAUUCCCGAAUACUUGAAUUUCAUCAAGGGUGUGGUUGAUUCUGAAGAUCUUCCUUUGAAUAUCUCUCGUGAAAUGUUACAACAGAACAAGAUUUUAAAAGUUAUUAGAAAAAAUCUUGUCAAAAAAUGUCUAGAACUUUUUGAUGAAAUUAGUGAAGAUAAGGAUAUGUACAAAAAAUUCUAUGAUCAAUUCAGCAAAAAUAUAAAGCUUGGUAUUCAUGAAGACUCUCAAAACAGGAAAAAAUUGGCCGAAUAUCUGAGGUAUUACACAUCAUCAUCUGGUGACGAAACAUGUUCUUUGAAAGAUUAUGUAUCCCGUAUGAAAGAAAAUCAGAAACACAUCUACUUCAUCACUGGGGAAUCAAAAGAACAAGUAGCAAAUUCUGCUUUUGUCGAGAGAGUCAGGAAGCGUGGCUUUGAAGUUAUCUAUAUGAUUGAACCAAUUGACGAAUAUUGCAUUCAACAACUGAAAGAAUAUGACGGAAAAACAUUGACGUCUGUGACAAAAGAGGGACUCGAGUUACCAGAAGACGAAGAGGAAAAGAAAAAACGAGAGGACGAUAAAGCAAAAUAUGAAAACUUAUGCAAAGUGAUGAAAGACAUACUUGAUAAGAAAGUAGAAAAAGUGGUGGUAUCAAAUCGUCUUGUUAGUUCACCAUGCUGUAUUGUUACAAGUCAGUACGGAUGGAGUGCUAAUAUGGAAAGAAUUAUGAAAGCUCAAGCAUUGCGAGAUACUAGUACAAUGGGCUACAUGGCUGCAAAGAAACAUUUGGAAAUUAAUCCAGAUCAUCCCAUUAUUGACACAUUAAGACAGAAGGCUGAUGCAGACAAAAAUGAUAAAUCUGUAAAAGAUCUCGUAAUGCUGCUUUUCGAGUCAUCACUGCUCUGCUCCGGUUUUAGCCUAGAAGACCCGCAGACCCACGCCUCUCGAAUUUUCCGCAUGAUAAAGUUGGGACUGGGCAUCGACGAGGACGAGGGAGCAUCUGGAGAUAAUGCAGAAGAAGAGUUACCUCCUCUGGAAGGAGAUGAAGAAGACGCAUCGCGCAUGGAGGAAGUAGAUUGAUGAUACUUAAUUUAAAUUACUCAUUCUGUAAUUUAACUUUGUAUUCCAUUUCCAUCAUUCCUUUCAUUUUAUUUUAAAUAAAUGUUUUUGUUCGGUGAA